CCCUGGCUUUCAUAACUUUCCAAAAUCAAAAUGGCGACUAGCAGCAGCGGUUCAGAUUCUCAAAAGCCACCCGAAACAAUGAAGCGGGUCGACCUGAAACGAGACGAAAUCAGCCCCGGCGAUCGGCAGUACAUGGCCAGGAUGUCCCGGGCACACAUGGAGAGCGUGCAAAAGCUGUCCAGGGCCAAAUACAUCAGGAAAAAUGUGUUCGUUGCUUUGUGUUUGGGAGCUGGUGUGCUCGGCGUGUACGGCUACUCGAUUUACUCAGUCUCACAAGAAGCCUUCCUUGAGGACUUUGAGGACCCAAACAAGCCCAAGGAAUUAUGAUGUCAUCACGCAGAGGUCGAAGGGCAUGACCCCAGAAUGUAGUUGGAUGACCCCUACGAGUUCAGUCUGACUGGAGUUUACCAAAGUUGAUGUGUGUUGAACCAUAUCUGACAUUGUCAGUAGCUCAGCUGCAUCAGCUCUAUGUACAGUUUGUUCAACAGCGCCAUCUUGUAUCAACUUGUGUCAGAUUUCAUCAUGGACAAAAUUUAAUUUCUUUUUUGAGUUAAUCAAAAGUGACAUUCUAAUGAAGCAAUUAUAAAACAGUCAAGAAUCUUGACUGUUUUAUAAUUGCUUCAUUGUUACAUCUAGCAGGUCAUGUAAAUUAGUUAUAAAUCAGUUGAAAUGUAUCAGUCUUAAAUUUAAUCCUAAUCCCUUGGCAUUUUUUUCCCAAAUAGCUUCCCCGAUUGUCAAAAAUCGCCAGUUGUAUUCUUAAGUUCUAAAUCCAUAAAACCAUGCAAUGCUGAAUUUGGUUUUCUAUCAGAAUUGUGAGGUCGGGAUUAAGAUGAAAAAAAGAUGUUUUGGAUGAAACAAUUGGUCCUAUUGUACAUUACUUAUUGCAUAAGUGCAUCUACAAUUUCUACAUGUACAAAGAAAACGUGCCAGUAAGUUGUCAUGCGCUUCUCCUAGUCUUCGUACAAGAUUGGAUUUAAAUUAUGUCUCCCUAGAAAGCAGAUGAUCCCUGGUAAGCGUUUGGGGCAAAAAUCAAAAUCAGGUCUUGGACUUAGACUUUCAUUCUUCUUUCAAGUUGCACAAGACCAUUAAACAUCCAUCCAUCCGCCAGUCUGGUUCGAUGCUUUUCAAGUCAACUAGUUUCACUGGUCCAAAGAUUCUUUAAAAAAGAAAGAAUUAGGAUGCACCUUCAAACCUUCAACUUUACUGCUAUUACAUGUAGAACUAAACUGAUACUUGUUACUGAUGUUUUGGAAGCAAAAAUUUAUGUUUGUAUAAAGAUCUAUGAGAUUCAGAUUAGUGUUUUCUAUUGCUUUUUGGGGGUUGAGGUUGGAAGGGGGCGGGAAAUUGUAUUUUUUUUUCAUAAAGCUAAAUUUGUCAGCUUCUGGGUGUUUAAACACUUGCCGAGAACAAUGGACAUUUUGUAAUAGGUGUCGCAGCACUAGUACUACUUCGCCUUUUGAACAUUUCAAAGGUCUUGAUUAUUCUUUCGAGUAACCCUAGAAAGG